UCUAACCCCACCGACUGUGACAUUCGGCAACAUCAACAACACAUGUAGCCUGUUUAAAAACAGAUAUGCACUGGUCUUUUUAGACCGGAGACGGUCUUUUUAGUGCGCCAAGAGGAGCUGAUGCAUUUGAGAAAACCUCAUUAGUUGUUCAGGGUGUAUAAAACCUCCUGUUUAAGUUUGUAAAUAACAUUUUCACCGACGUUUUGAAGCAAAAUGGAUCUUACUACCAAACAUGGGCUGCUGCUGCUCGACCAGCUGAGGAAGAUGAGGGAGGCUGAGCAUCUGACAGAUGUGGUGCUGGUUGCUGAGGGCGUCAGCUUUCCCUGUCACAGAGUUGUCCUAUCCGCCUUCAGCCCAUACUUCCGUGUUAUGUUCACCUGUGGCCUGCGUGAGUGCAACAACAGAGAGAUAUUCCUGCGUGACACUCCUGCAGACAGCCUGGCCCUCCUCUUGAACUACAUGUACUGCUCAGCUCUUCCUCUCACUAAUGGCAACGUGCAAGGCAUCUCCAUAGCAGCUUUUCUUCUGCAGAUGGAUGAUGUCUUCACUCGCUGUCAGCUGCACAUGAUGGAGAACAUGGAUGCUUCCAAUUGCCUCGGUGUAUAUUACUUUGCCCGUGAUCUCGGUGCAGAGGAACUGGCUGACCAAGCUCAGCGCUUCCUGAGGCAGCACUUUGUCCAAGUGUGCCAGAAUGAGGAGGUCUUGGAGUUGGAGGCCCAUCAGCUUGGAAAGCUUCUGUCAUCUGACGAUCUGAAUGUGUCUCGGGAAGAAACCAUUCUGGAUGUGGUCCUUCGGUGGGUCAAACACAGCACCCUGGUGGAUGGAGAGGUACGUGUUCGACAUCUCCCAGAGCUCCUGCGGAAGGUCCGUCUGCCACUGAUAAACUCCGACUACUUAAGAGAAGCAAUAAAGAGAAACACAGCCCUGCUGGCUGAUGCUGAGUGUCUGGAGAUUAUGAACGAAGGACUGGAGGCCACAGCUUUGCAUCCCGCGGCUGCACCACGCAAACUAAAGCUGCGCUAUGGCAUGGAGACCACCGAUCUGCUGCUCUGCAUUGGCAAUGACAGUGGCGGUAUCAGGUCAAGGUAUGGCAGCUAUGCCGAGCGCAGCUUUUGCUUUGCCCCGUCCACAGGGCGAAUUUAUUACAUCACCUCACCUCGCUACGGAGAGGCUCUGGGGUAUGUGUGUGCUGGGGUUGUGACUGAAAGAAAUGACAUCAUUGUAGCAGGAGAGGCAAGUGCUCGCAGAAUGGCCCGACAGAAAGACAUCAGUGUUGAAAUCUGCAGGUACAAAGUGGAGGCCCAGGGAAGCUGGGAGCACCUGACAUCAGCAGAGUACCGUGAUUCAUAUGCUCUGGCGUCACUGGGAGACACUCUAUACCUGCUGGGUGGCCAGAUGAAGCUGAAGAACCAGUUUCUCAUCACAAACUGUGUGGAACGAUGGUCUCUGCAGGGUGGACCCUGGCGGAGUGCAGCACCCCUUCCUAUGCCUUUGGCCUGUCACAGCGUGGUCAGAAUGAAAGAUCGCCUUUAUGUGGUGGGUGGUCGAACCCCACAGUCAUACCGGAUGGAUGAGGAGCCCGACUGUCUUAGUAACCGCCUCUUGGAAUAUGAUCCAAACACAAACAAAUGGACAGAGCUUUGUCCCAUGAAAUACUCAAAGUACCGCUGCAGUGCUGUGGUACUCAAUGGGGAAAUUUAUGUGAUGGGUGGUAUUGGCUGUGAGGGUGUGGACCGUGGACAAUCCCGUCACUGUCUCAAUGCUGUGGAGAUUUACAACCCAGAUGGAGAUUAUUGGAGGGAUGGACCUCCUCUGCCGUGUUCCCAGCUUUCACUGCGUACCAACGCCCCCAAUGCUGGUGUCGUGGGAGGAAAGAUUUAUGUUUGUGGAUAUUACAAAGGAGCAGAUCGCCAUGAUGACAUAACAAAGGACAUUCUGGAGCUAGACCCGUGGGAGAACCGGUGGACUGCGGUGGCUCGGCGUGCUUUAAUGCAUGACAACUAUGACGUCUGCUUAGUGGCAAAUCUCAACCCAAGGGGACUCGUAUCCCCACCUGCAGACUUAGUAAAGCUGUGACAGCGCUCUCAGUCAGAUCAAAGUCUGCGAAGGAGAAUUAGUGAAGGAAAUUAAUCAUUGAUGCACUUAUUGCACAGCUUAUGGCAAUGACUUUUUUCAAGCAAGAAAGCUCUUAGUACUCUGCAUGAAAGAGAUGUCUAUGGUUAAUUGCUUGGUUGCACACCGGGAAGUAGGAAAGCAAUUUGUAAAUACAAUAUAUUUGUUGCUUCUUAAUAUGUUGUGUAACAGCUGCAAAGCGGAUUAUCCCAAACCUGCAGCUGUGUAGUAUAUCUGGAGUGUUAUUAGCAGCUCCAGGAAAGGAUUUUCUUUGAGGGUUAUAAUGAUUAUAAUAGUGGACUUCACGCUUUGAUAAAAAAAAAAAAAUAUAUAGCAAAAUUCUGGCACUUGGCCUGUUUUUGACAGGAAAAAGAUUCAAGACAACCAUGCUGAAGUUUGAAGCCACUUAAAAAAGUUAUUGUUUUUGAAAGUAAGCACAUUCAUAUUUAUUGAACAUGUUCUUUUGUGUGCGGUGUAAAUGGCAAGUAAGGAAAAAUUGAACAGUUCACCAUAAAUUGCAUAUAUUAAUUCUAAUGGCUAAAAUAAAUGUAGGUGUACAGAGGAGUGAUUAUUUAGUAACCACCACCCCUGUGUUCUAACAGCCCAGUGCAAGUUUAACAUGUUUAAAGAUGCACUGUAUAAAGCUGCAAUAAACUUGGUCAUUUGUGUGUCUGGACAGACGAGGUCAAUAUUUCUUCUUUAUUUAGAAACUUGGAUGAUUCUUGCUCUAAAAAAUGAUUAUUAAAUGCAUAAAAUUGAAAAGAAAGAAAACCAUGCUAAAACACAAUCUUACAGAUGUUUGUGCCAGUUUAUGAAAUGUCAAGAAUCUCUUUCUCAGACUGGGGGUCUCUGAUGCACUUUCCACCUGUGUGCUGUGUAAUGGGGCUUCCUGGCUGCUUCCUGCUCUGGUUCUGGUUUUUAUAUAUAUAAUAAAAAAAAGAAAUGAUAAGAUCAACAAUUUUAAUUUAAUUUUUGU